AAGCAAUCGUGCAGUCUGUGAGUGGCGUCUACAGCGGUGACAAGCGGUCUCCUGCAGACUGAGCUCCCUUGAAUGAGCGUUGAGGAAACCUCCGUGUGAAGCACACGAAGGCAAGGUCUCAUCUCUCGCGAGGAACGACGCCAUUAUCGGAAGCUCUACAAACAACACGAGAAUUCACCAUUCACACGGUAAUAUAACCCAAUCUUACACGGUACAUGUGUUGUGUGCGAGAAUGAGGAGAGAAGCUGCAUCAAAAUCACAUUUAAUUUAGCGAUUGCUUCAGCAUUAAACGAAUUUUGCAUUACGCUCCAAAGGCCUUUAGGCCCAACUAGCAUGCUAACUACCACGCUAGCUUAAAUAGCGUCUCCUUUAAGUUAGCAUGCAAGCUUUCAAAUCCGAUUUUGUAGCGGCAGCUAACAUUAGCUGCUAGUUAUGAUUCUGCUGACGCUAAUUAACUAAUGAAAAAUAAAUAAAAUAUCUGAAGUACAGUAGUUUUGAACCGUAUGUCUAGUCGCAUUACAUAGAUACAUAACAAAUAGAUGCUCCAAGUUAGUUUUCCUCCGUUUAUUCGCCUGUGUUUAGCAUCGUCAGACCCCCGCCCAGUUAACUAACCAAUCUAAAGCUCGUUAGUUUGGCUAGUAGACGUGUACUAGCUCCGUGCCAUUUCUUUAUAUUUGUAAGCUAAACUGUAGUAAUCUAGGCUAAGCAGCUAAAGUCUAAAGAAAAUAGUCUGAAACAGCUGUGUACGACCGCGUUUCCUUAUAGCUAGCCACUAUCACAGGUAACGGUAGCCUGCUUUAAAAAAAGCGCCAGGAGCUUUUUGCAAUUUCAGACCGUUUUACAUAGAGCUUAAUUUAGUUGAGCUACUCUAAAACUGAUUUUCGCUCAUUUUAUGUUGGGCAUAGCAUUCAAAUAAACCCUCUUACAUAAAUGGUGUGUGUCUUCAGUAACAAAGUUUCCUUUGUGUAAGUUUAAGGACAAAACACACAUUUAUUAUUCUUUUUUUAAAUGUAAAGUAAUGGCGCAAACUAUUACUCUUAAGCUGCAAUCCAUGCUUUUGUUAGUUACGUAGAGACGGGCCCACAUAAAAAUGUCAUACUUUGAUUAUUGUAAUUUUCCCUUAUGCAUCUAUGCUUUUUUUUGCCAUGUUUGGGAAACGAGGAAAUGACUCAGGAAGACAAAGCUGCGAGAUCAUGACUCUGGAUAUCAUUUCUCAUACACACAACAUGAUUGUUAGUUUAUUCGUGGCUGUUAUGAGGAUAUAAGCCUUGUAUUUACAAUAGAUGGAUCCUUCUCUCACACAUUUUACUUGAGGUGCUGUGCAUUUCUGGAGUAAUACUUUUGUUUUUAAUAAUUUGUUCCACAACUGCGCUAAAAAUGUGUUGGUGUUAGCAUUUGCAUUACAGCUCCAACAUUUUGUUUCCAAAAUGUAGGCAAAUCACUAAAGCAAUUGUGCAGUUAUGACACAAAGACCAAGGAAACCUUGAAAGUAGGCAAACAAAGCAAUGCAACAAAUGAAAAGCAGCAGCUAAAAUUCGAUGAAUUACACAGGAUUUUCUUUUUCAAUAUUUGGCAAUACAUAAAGGCUCAAAACAGGACAACUUAUAACAUGUAUUCAAGUGAACUGAUACACGGAUCAGAAGUUGCAAAUACUCUACUGCAACUUGCAAAAAUAAAUCAGUUUGGAGUGUGUAAGUGCUAGAUCUUUCUUGGGUUACUGAAUUUGACAGUUUUGUGGGAGUUACUUUGUCAUAUAUUUGUUGUGUAAAGGUAGCUUAUUAAAAGUGUAACCCUAACUGUAUGAGUAUGUAUGAGUAUUAGGACCAUAUUAAGAAAAAAAUAUUAUCGAUCAUUUUGAGAUUAAAGUCAAAAUACUAUUAUAAGGGGGAGAAAAAUUAUAUGUGGCGAUUACACAAAACAAACUACCACAGUUGCCAUAGACUCUGGGUUAGGGAAACCGUACUUCAGAAUCGGUUUUAGUAACAAGGAAGCAUAUGAUUUCUCAUCUCCUGAUAAGUAUAAAGUGAUAAGUCAAAAAUAUGCUGCAGAAAGAUGCAUCUGGUCAGAUAGACAAAGACACAAAUUAAGAAGAGUGGGUUUGUACAAAAUUAAAUGGCUGGUAAUGGACAGAUGCAAGGUUGUUGAUGGUUCCACUCUUGUCCAAUGAAGAGGAUGUAUGUUGUAUCACAGAAGGGCUAAUUAAUUUGUUUCACUAAUUCAUCUAAACAAAGGAUUUUUGUACAGGGUAUAGAAAAUAUGGCAGUUUGUCUUGACACAACAAUGAUGAUCUCCACGUUUCCACUACUUUAUUAUUAAAAUGAUCAACAGUAUUGCUUUUCUUUUAAUGUGCUCCUAAUAUUCCGUCGUAGUAACUGCCACUUUGGAGUGUUACUCAGGACACAGGCAUUUUUGUAGAGAUCUAUCUUUUGUUAUAGAGCCCAGAGUUGUACUUGGUUUAAGAAUAUGGAGUUCCUGUGUGAGGACAAGAAAAGAUAAAACUUAACUAAACAUGUCAAACAUUUGUACUGAAGGAGAGAACCUUUAUUGUUGUACUAUUGAUAACAUAGUGGUUAUUAUAUAAAGCUACACUUAAUGGAAGAGGACCUUUGAGAUUACAUAAGUAAACCUUGGGGUGCACACAACACGAAUACUGCUAAGGUAUUCGAAUACUUUAAUAACAUUAUAUACAUUUUUUCAAAAAUAAUGAUUAACUGCACACACACAAACGUACCCAACCAAGUAUUUGAGCAUAAAUUGUAGAACAUCAGAUACAAACACAGUAUGUGUCAUGAAAACUUGAGACUUCAUGUAAAAGAUAAAUGGCACGAAUGCCUUUUUCGGAAAUCCUGUCAUGAAUACUUGACUUGAGGAUGUUGACCACUGCCAGUAAAUUGUAACUGAAUGUUUCAAAUGAUGGAUUGAUCUGAAAAGCUGAGGCACACUGUAUGCUCAAAUCAUUUUUUUUGGUUUUGCAUUCCUUCUCUGCCAGGGGUAGUAGUUCUUUAGCAGCCAACACAAAGUCAGCUUUUGAGACUAAAGGAAUAUGGUUGUUAUUUAUGUAGCAUUAUUACCUAAUCAUCAGUUCGUAAACCUUUAGAAAGUGGGUUGUUUAUUCCAGUACUGUUUUAACAGUCUUGAGAAGAACACUGCCUCUUUAGUUAAAUUGUUUCUCACACUCUGCUACACAUGUUAUUUAGUGUAUUUAGUGGAAGCAGUGUGCAUGCAGCUGCAGCUGCAGGCCUCGGUCAUUGUCUUCACCCACUGUUUUGUGGUUACCUACAUUUUGGCUACUUUAAGAGUCCAAUACACGAUACUUCUCUUGCAUGCAAAACAGAAGAAAAUAGACUUCAAACUGAAGAAGGUGCCCAGGGCUGUCGUUAUGCCUAAAACGUGAGUAGAAUGUCAAAGGCAGCUUCACUGCUGCUUACAGUGAAGGGAAAUACACACACAGUAGCAUUCUUCCUGCAGCCACAGGUGUCUGUGCAUGAUUUUUUUAAUAUACCUAAUGGUGGUUUAUCUCUGCACGGCACUAUUACAUGGCACUAAAGAGUUUCAUUUGCAAAAAGUUGUAUGUUUUUGUGAAGAGAUUAAAUUAAAUUUCAAUCCAAUUCAAUUGAGUGUUAUUUAAAAUGGUACCAUAUCACAACAACAGUUGCCUCACAGCACUUUAUGUCCACUGAUCUCACCUGGACCACAACAGAAAUGCCCUGGUAAAGAAGGCCCAAGAGUAGCUGCACUUUCUCUGUGUCCUGAGGCAGAAUAACCUGAACCAGAACCUGCUGCUGGCCUUCUACCACUCUUCAGUGGAGAGCGUGCCCUCCUACUGCCUGGAUGUUUGCGGUGAACAAUGUCUGAACAAGAGCUGAAUGAAAUUGUGCAAAUAACAGUGGAGGACUUUAACCAGGAAAAUCGUACUGACAUGAUGGACAAUCAUGAAGAUGAUGAAGAAAGGUCUCAGAAGAAAAGAAGGAAAUUAAGCAACGGCCAGGAGAAUAACAAUAGCAAUCAAGAUAUCGCUCUUAUUAAGAACUUGUUGGUAUCAUUCACUGGGUCAAUCAGCCAGCGGCUGGAGGGAAUUGAGUCAAAGCUACAGUCUCUGGAUGCUGCAUGCAAAAACCUUGCACGCAAACUGGAUAGCAUGGCACCAUGUGCCAGAAGUCCCAUUCAGGUUCCUAUGGUUGCAGGAUCCCCUCAAGGGGCCACUCAGACUUGGAACAAAGUGCGAUGUGUUGUCCCACAAACAAAUGUUAUUGUGAGCAGUGAACCGCCGAAGCCCUCAAGUCCAGAAGACACUCCUCUGGAGAACCUGCUUAGCAACACAGUGACCAGGAGGCGACACAACACCAUCCUAGUAAAGGUCCCUGGCCCAGAAGAGAGUCAAGAGGAACAGGAGAGUGGCUCAGAGGCCAGUGAUUGUGUUUCCAACGGUGGUCAAUCAAGCAAUGCACAGAAAGGCCAAAAUGUCACUCUCAUCACACUCAAUGCAGAAGAUGAUUAUCCAGCCGGCACCUGGUUAGGAGAUGAGAACAACCCAGAGAUGCGAGUUCGCUGUCCAAUAUCUGCAGCUGAUAUGCUUCAUAUCAGCACAAAUUGUCGCACAGCAGAGAAAAUGGCACUGACGCUGCUGGACUACCUAUUCCACCGUGAGGUCCAGGCCAUGUCAAAUCUCUCUGGGCAGGGCAAACAUGGAAAGAAGCAGCUGGACCCACUUAUGAUCUAUGGCAUCCGCUGCCACUUAUUCCACAAAUUUGGCAUCACUGAAUCAGACUGGUACCGGAUCAAGCAGAGCAUUGACUCAAAGUGUCGCACUGCUUGGAGACGCAAGCAACGUGGUCAGAGUCUGGCUGUCAAGAGCUUCUCUAAACGAACACCUCGCAACACAGUCACAGAGGAAGGAAUCACAGAAGAAACAGCUCACAUUGAGACUGCCACUCAACAAACCUUGCACUAUACAUUGGCCAAUCAGCAGGUCCAGUUUCACCGUAUUGGUGAAGAUGGACAAGUUCAGGUGAUUCCACAGGGGCAGUUGCACAUAGCCCAGGUACCACAAGGAGAGGAGGUGCAGAUCACACAGGACAGUGAGGGAAAUCUCCAAAUCCACCAGGUGCAUGUUGGCCAGGAUGGACAGGUGCUUCGUGGAGCUCAGUUGAUAGCUGUUGCUUCAGCUGAUGGAGGAGCCACAGCAGUGGAGGGCUCCCCACUCCCACCUGACAUCCAAGUGCAGUAUGUUCAACUAGCUCCUGUUGCAGAUCACACGGCUGCUGUACAGGCUGCUGAGCUGGCACCAGCCCUGCAGGCAGACAUGGAAGUGAAAGAGGCCAUCCAGGGUGCUAUCCAUGGAGACAAUGGCGAGAUCGUCCAGAUUGUGACAUCUGUGGCCACUUGAGAGUCCAUCUGGUUUGACAAAGAUUAGAAUCUUUCCCUACAGCAGGACCUGAAGAGUCUAUGGAAGAUCGGGGGUCAACAAAUGCAUACAGUCUGACAAGCGCUCAAGUUAGAUAGUCUUUUAACAAAUAUUGAAGGUCAUGGAUAAAACAAAGAGGAGCCUUUUUUCUGUUUUCCCCUUGCAAACUGCUUAAUUCAUUGUUAGCCAGAUGUCGCAAUGUGGAAAUGCUCAGAGAUUGUGAAAAGACCAAGAUGCUUCAAAAUCAACUGUGGCCCCUUCUGGUGGUUUCAUCACUAUAAUGACCUGACAGGCCGAAGAAUACACAGCGGGAUUAUUGUCUCUUCAAGGAGGGUGCUGCUCCUGGACACCAUCACCCUGCCACUUCAUCAGCACCAGUACUUGUUUACAUCAGCUUUGGAAAAUAGUGGGUUAUUUGGACUUCAGCUGUUUGACUAACCCUGAGAUUCCGCAGAGGGUUUGCAAAAAUCCCUGAAAAUUCCUCAAAACAACCAGCACUGCACUCCUUUUUUCGUCCCUUCUUGUCACAAUGAUCUGAAGGAGAAAGUAGAAUUUGCUGUGGACAGCUGCUCUUUGUCCUAAUUGAUUUGAUUUCCCAACACUCACCUGGAUCUGGUCCAUAUUAUCUCUCCUGGCUGUGAGACACUUUAUUUUGUUCAACUUGUUUUAAUGUUGCUUCAGCCACACAGCUUUGUUUGUUUUUGGUUUAUCUAAUUGUAACAUGUUGAAAUAUUGGGGGAGAUUUAAUUCCAGAGGUAGAAGGCCGUGAAAUGGAAGAGACCGGGUCAAUGGUAGACAGUACAAGUUGCUUAUAGACAGCCAGGGAAACCCUGAAGUUGUUUAUAUCCCCCAGUUUUGUCUCUGUGACAUCCAUUCAUGUGAAUAAAACAUGUUUGUGGUUGCCAUUAAA